UCAAACUGUCAUGCAGGGGGAGUCUUAUUUCUUUCCCUGGCGUAACAGAUAAUGUUUAACGGGAGGGUGUGCGCUGCCAGCUGCACUCCACCAUGUCAGCAGCGGGAGGGUGUGCAAGCCAUUGCAUUCAAACAGGUCGGCUGCAUCUCCCUGUACCUCCACAGCAGAGGCCAGUCUCCCGGCAAAGUAUCUUAUCAACUCAAACUACUAGCGCGCAACUUCCUUCACGUUCUCAUUAAACAAUAUAGUCUGCCAGAUUAAGACACACAUAGACUGUUGCGUUAUUUGGCAGAAGGCAAAAUAAAGACGAGAACCAAACCCUAACCAGACCUUUCUGUCUCUGACGUCUGUUUGCCAGAUGUUUUAUUUUAUUAGGGCUUUCUUUUUUCUUUUUGCUGUUUGUUCGCCGCACUUCGUCUCAUUUCCGCGUUUCGAGUGCAGCUGGAUGGAUGCAUCUUUCUGUAAUGUAAGACUCUGUCACGCUGACACUGUAGCGGACCUGUGUUCACAGGACGAAUCCGGAUUACAGAAGGGAUAGAAGGAAUUUUCAAUCGCAAGCAAAACUAAAUCUCCACCGCACUUCUCUGUAUUGCAAAUUCAACAGCCGAUACACAGGGCUCACGUCACACGACGGCUGUAAAUUAGGGUUCACUUGGGAAGGACGGACAGUUUAUUUUGUGGAAAAUCAGCUGCAAAGGAUCCCCCGUCUCCCUGCUCUCCCCUUCUCUGCACAGAGGGCUCUGCUGAAGGAUGAUUCUGAGCAGCACGUGGUGAUGAAGAGGAAUGAACAGUGUGUGUCUGAGUGCUGUGAUCUGAACUACUGUGCCUCGGAGAGGAGAGAACAAUCUGAGAUCACUAUGUGAGUCUCAGGACAGCCGCUUCACAGGGUUCGUCCGUUUUGCUUUCUUUACAUCCACACACUGCAGUGUGUAUAAUAUUUGCACAAUCAGCCGGCUAUGCUCUUUGGGGGCUGAGGUGUACACCAUGCCCGCCAAAGGGAAAUACUUUUUAAAUGACCAGGAACCGGACCGGGGCUCUCUGUACAAACAGUACUGCUGCAUUAGCAAGCACCAGCUGCUGGUCCUCUUGCUGGGCAUCGCUGUGGUCUCCUGCCUGGGGCUCCUCAUCGUAUUCUUUGCCAGUGGGCUGAUCGCCGCGGAGCACGCGCUGUUCCUCGGCACGGUGUGCAGCGCGCUGGCCUUAUUCCUGUUGGUCUUCAUCCUGGUGUGCACAGAGUCUCUCUUCCAGAGGUGGAUGCGCUUCCUGGGGGUGACAGUGUGGAUCUGCCUCCUCGCAAUGGGCUACGUCUUCAUCUUCGACGGGAAGGUGAUCUGUGCAUGGGACCAGGUGCCUUUCUUUCUGUUCAUAAUCUUCACACUAUACACCAUGCUGCCGUUCGGGAUGUGGGAGGCCGUGGUCCUCGCUGUCCUCUCCUCCGUCUCUCACCUCAUCAUUGUCUGCAUCGCUGUCGGAGUGUUUGACAAGUCCCAGCGGUUCAGCCUUGUGUUCCAGAUAUUGCCAAAUGUAAUCAUUUUCCUGUGUGGCAAUUUGGUGGGAGCAUUCCACAAGAAAAUGAUGGAGAGUGCCUUGGAGCAGACCUUCCUGGACACCCUGAGCUGCCUGGAGAUCCGCAUGAAGCUGGAGAUCGAGAAGAGGCAGCAGGAGACCUUGCUGCUGUCGGUACUGCCAGCCUAUAUCUCCAUGGAAAUGAAGCUGGCUAUAAUAGAGAGACUGAAGGAGAGCAAGGACAGGGAUGCUCAACAGAGACAGGUGAAGGACAACAACUUCCACAGCCUGUAUGUCAAGAGGCACCGGAACGUGAGCAUCCUGUACGCGGACAUCGUGGGAUUCACACGCCUGGCCAGCGACUGCUCUCCUAAGGAACUGGUCAUCAUGCUGAACGAGCUCUUCGGGAAGUUCGACCAGAUCGCAAAGGAAAAUGAAUGUAUGAGAAUAAAAAUCUUAGGAGACUGUUACUACUGUGUGUCAGGGCUGCCUGUAUCCCUCCCGAACCAUGCAAAGAACUGUGUGAAGAUGGGACUGGAUAUGUGUGAGGCUAUCAAGCGGGUGAGAGAGGCCACCGGAGUGGAUAUCAGCAUGAGGGUUGGGGUUCACUCGGGGAACGUGCUCUGCGGGGUCAUCGGGCUGCGGAAGUGGCAGUACGACGUGUGGUCACAUGAUGUCACCUUGGCCAACCACAUGGAGGCCGGAGGCUUGCCUGGGCGAGUCCACAUCACCGACGCCACGCUGAAACACCUGAACAAAGCCUAUGAAGUAGAGGAAGGCAACGGGCACCUGAGAGACACCUACCUGAAAGAGCAGAAUGUCAAGACAUACCUGGUCUUAGACCCCCAGUCGAAGGAGCAGCCCAUGAACAGAGGCCACCUUCCUAAGCCCCGGGUGAAUGACGGCCUGAAGAUGCGCGCGUCGGUGCGGAUGACCCGCUACCUGGAGUCCUGGGGGGCAGCCAAGCCCUUCGCCCACCUCCAGAACCGCGAGGCCCUGACCAGCGAAGACCUGGCCUGCAAUGGCAAGCUCCACAAGGACAUACCCUUGCGUUCCAUAAACUGCCACAAGACAAAUGACAGCCUGGAUGGACACACACAGGAGCUCCUGCCACCUUCUGCCUCUUCGUUAGUAAACUAUAAAAACAAGUCCCAGAAGAAGAAGUUUGAUGAGGACCUGCACAAUAAAAUGAUGACGACGAUCGACGGGCUGCAGUCUAACAAGCAGUGGAUUAAGAAUGAGGGGUUGUCCCGAUGUCUGUAUUUCACUGAAAAGGGAACUGAAAAGCAGUAUCGUGCCACAGAUCUUCCCAGCUUCAAGUACUACAUCGCUUGUGCCUCGUUCAUCUUCCUGUGUAUCUUUGUGAUCCAGGUGUUUGUUGCCGAGUUGACCCCUGAAAUGGGCAUCUCAUUUGGAGUGUCUGCCUGCAUCCUGCUGCUCAUUCUGGCUGUGUGCUUCGCCGGGUACCUGGUGCAGCACUGCAGUCCACAGAGAUCCGUGUCAUUUCGUUGGAUCUCCGUCCUCUCGAAAGCGGUGGGUAAGAAGCCCUACGUGCGGCUGCCACUGACCAUCAUUGCCAUCAGUAUUACACUGGUCACAGCCGUGCUGAACUUGUGUUUCAUUAAAACGCAUGAUGACAAAACCAGUUUCAAUGCCACAAAUUGCAAUGAGUCACUGGAAUCUUUCAAAGAAAAGGACCUCUACUGCCUGCCGUAUUUCACCUACUGCUGCAUCCUGGGGCUCAUCAGCUGCUGCGUGUUCCUGCGGGUCAGCUUCGAACUCAAGUUCCUCCUGCUGGCGCUCGCCUUCUCUGCCUAUUACACCAUCAUCCUGAACACACACUGGCAGCUGUUCCAGAGGUACAGCUUCAUGCUGUACACCAACCAAACCAAAACUCUCCAUGUGUCCGGACUCAUGAAGGAUCCCGGAAUGAUGAGCUGCAUUUACCUCGUGUUGUUUUUUUUAACGAUGCUGAUUCUGAUGCGACAGACCGAGUAUUACUGCCGCCUGGAUUUCCUCUGGAAGAACAAAAACCGCGAGAAGCAGGAGGAGAUCGAGACGAUGGAGAACCUGAACCGCCUCCUGCUGGAGAACGUGCUGCCGGCCCACGUGGCCAACCUCUUCAUCGGAGACAAUAAAAAGAAUGAGGUGGGAGCCCUCAAAAACAGUUCACUUACUGAAAAGUAUAAGGAUUUAUACUACAAGUCCUACGACUGCGUGUGUGUUCUCUUCGCCUCCGUGCCGGAUUUUAAGGAGUUUUACACAGAGUGUGACAUCAACAAAGAAGGGCUGGAGUGUCUCAGGCUGCUGAAUGAAAUCAUCGCAGACUUCGACGAGCUUUUGUCUAAACCCAAGUUCAGUGGUGUUGAGAAAAUCAAAACGAUCGGCAGCACCUACAUGGCAGCGACAGGACUCACCGGGCCCCCCAGACACGAGAACAACCAGGAUCACGAGAGGCAGCACACACAGAUAGGAAACAUGGUGGAGUUUGCCAUCGCCUUGAUGGGGAAACUGGACGGAAUAAACAGACAUUCAUUCAACAGCUUCAGACUGCGCGUCGGAAUUAAUUACGGUCCUGUUAUCGCUGGAGUCAUUGGAGCCCGCAAGCCUCAGUAUGAUAUUUGGGGGAACACAGUUAAUGUGUCCAGCAGGAUGGAGAGCACAGGACAGCUGGGCAAAAUCCAGGUCACAGAGGAAACGUCGAAUGUGUUACACAAACUUGGCUAUUCUUGUGAGUGCAGAGGACUGAUCAAGGUGAAAGGCAAAGGCGAGCUGAGGACUUACUUUGUGUGCACAGACAUGAGCAAGUCACAGGGGAUGGCACUGAACUGAGACUGCAAGAGGGACAAGAACUUACACUGUGUGCACAGACAUGAGCAAGUCACAGGAGCUGCACUGAACUGUGAGAGCAAGGGGGACAAGUAACCUGCUACCAAACUUGAAAGAGGCAUUUUCUGCCACUUUUUUCUGUGGCAAAGGCUCUUUUAUAUAACAGAUAUUUCUUUAAUAAUAUUUAAUAUUACCUUAUGCUAGUGUUAUGAUGCAAUUGGAGAAGUCAUUGGAAUUUUGUGAACUGGACUCAACAAGGCACGUUUUAUAGCAAGUCGUAAAAUCCAGGGGGGGUUAUAUUCUUGGCAAGCGAGACGAGACGUGUUGAAUGAGGUAAUGAGGACCGUCUUGUCAGAUGAAGCUUUAAUUAAGCAUUACCUCAUAAUGAGGAAUUGACAGAUUUACAGUCGGGUCAUGGGAAGGCUGGGGGUUCAUUACACAGAGGGGUUUUAAAAGAAUGGCUGUCAUACUGCAUUUGACUACACUGGGAAUUCGUCUGGAUUUAAAGCUGGUGUCAAUUCGACCACAGGGAAGGUUUACUAUGAUGCCAUAUUUGGGUUUGGUACAUGCUGCCAUUUCCCAAAUUCAUUGCAUUGCCUGAAUGCCAUUAAACCUGAGGUUUCAAGUUGAAGUUUACAUUGCUUCAGAGCUUUAAAUGCUGAAAUAUUUUGUUAAUGCCAUUGCUUGGAUAUAGUUCCAGGCUGUUGUUUUGCACUUACUUGAAGAACAAAAAAUAAGUUUGCAGACUUUUAAAAUUAAAAAAGGUCAGUUUUUUUAUGUAUAAAAUAAAUGUAUGUAAUUUUUUUUCUUUUAAAAUUUGUGAAUAUAAAAAGCAUACUUUUUUUUUUUUUUGGCCCAUUUAAAACCAUUUUGAACACAUGCACGGUAUUCAGAAUCCACGUUUCAAGCUUUGAUACUGAUGUGCACUUGUCUUAUUACUGUGGAAUUGUUCUGAUUUUAAAUGCAUCCAUAUAAAAAUAGUUUCAUUGUCUGAAACAAGAUAUCGUAUCUUUAUUCACCUGGUAAUUUAAAGGCUUUGUUAACAAUACAGUAUUUGAUAUCAGAAAGUUGCCAAGCAACAUACCAAUAGUUUAUGAUAAACUCGCAAAAAAAAAAAAAAAUAUAUAUAUAUAUAUAUAUAUAUAUAUAUAUACAAAAUCCAGGAAUGAUAUCUGGAAAAAUUCCUUUAAACACAAUCUGUUUUUUAAAAUGGCAGCUUUUAGGUCAGAUUUAAGUUUUAUGCUGUUCUAUACAAAUUCUUCUUUUUCUUUUUAAAUAAUGACGAUAUCACUCCUGAAACUGGAAAUCACGUGUUACGCACUGUGCAGUACAUUGUAAAAAAAAAAAAAAGUACAAUUCUUUAAAUGCUUAAGUGACAAUUCAUUGUUUAUAUAUAAAAAAAUAAAAAAACCACACAGGUUUGCCACUUCAGAGCACUCCCUGGGAAGACCAGCUUUGUGACUUUUUGUAAAACUUCUUCUGUGUCUAAACAACAAUAUAUACAAAUGAAGGGCAGCUGGUCUCGUUUAUAGGGAAUGUAGUUAAAAUGUUACUUACUUACUCUCUGUUUCUGUGUCCCAGAGCAGCGCAUUUAUACUUCAGUAAAAUCCUGCAGAGGUUUUGCAUUUUGUAAGGUAUAAAAUAAAGGAUUUACCAAACAUCUUAA